UGUAGAUCGCUAAGUUGGCUAGACAUUUUAAAGCUAAUUCUCUCAUUUUUCUACUGUUUCAGUGUCCCAAUUUUCCAUAUUCCUGGGAGAACAUUUCCUGUCAAUACCUUAUACAGUAAGACACCUUGUGAAGAUUAUGUUGAAGGUGCUGUCAAGCAAGCAAUGACUAUUCACAUAACCCCUCCUGGUGACAUCCUGAUAUUUAUGACUGGACAAGAUGAGAUUGAGGCAGCAUGCUAUGCUCUUGCAGAGCGUAUGGAACAGCUAAUCUCCUCAACUCAGAAGGCAGUUGCAAAACUCCUUAUUCUUCCUAUCUACUCGCAACUUCCUGCUGAUUUACAGGCAAAAAUAUUUCAAAGAGCUGAAGAUGGAGCACGGAAAUGUAUUGUAGCAACCAACAUUGCAGAGACUUCUCUGACUGUUGAUGGUAUCUUUUAUGUCAUUGACACGGGCUAUGGUAAAAUGAAGGUCUACAACCCGAGGAUGGGUAUGGAUGCUCUUCAAGUCUUUCCAGUGAGCCGUGCUGCUGCAGACCAGCGUGCAGGACGUGCUGGUAGAACUGGCCCCGGAACUUGUUACCGACUUUAUACAGAAAGUGCAUAUCUGAAUGAGAUGCUUGCUAGUCCUGUACCGGAGAUUCAGAGGACAAACCUUGGCAAUGUGGUUUUGCUUCUGAAAUCUCUCAAAAUUGAGAACUUGCUAGACUUUGAUUUUAUGGACCCACCUCCACAGGAGAACAUCCUUAACUCCAUGUACCAGCUUUGGGUGCUGGGUGCCCUUAACAAUGUCGGGAGCCUGACAGAACGUUGGAAAAUGGUGGAAUUCCCAUUGGACCCUCCACUAGCAAAGAUGCUACUAAUGGGUGAACAGCUGGAAUGCCUUGACGAGGUGUUGACCAUUGUUUCCAUGCUUUCAGUCCCAACGGUGUUUUUCCGUCCUAAAGACAGGGAAGAGGAAAGUGAUGCUGCACGAGAAAAGUUCUUCGUCCCUGAGUCUGAUCAUUUGACCCUUCUCAAUGUGUACCAGCAAUGGAAAAGCAAUGACUAUCGGGGUGACUGGUGCAAUGAUCAUUUUCUUCAGGUCAAAGCUUUACGGAAGGCUAGGGAGGUAAGAUCCCAGCUUAUGGAUAUUCUGAAACAACUGAAGAUAAAACUUACAUCAUGUCCUGACUGGGACAUUGUUAGACAAGCCGUAUGUUCUGCAUAUUUCCACAACUCUGCAAAGCAGAAAGGGAUUGGUGAGUAUGUUAACACAAGGAAUGGGAUCCCAUGCCAUUUGCACCCGAGUAGUGCGCUCUAUGGAUUGGGCUACACGCCAGAGUACGUUGUUUAUCACGAGUUGCUUCUAACCACAAAAGAAUACAUGCAGUGUGUCACUGCUGUAGAGCCCCAAUGGUUAGCCGAGUUGGGACCAAUGUUCUUCUCAGUCAAAGAUUCGGAUACAUCAUUGUUGGAGCAUAAGAAAAAACAGAAGGAAGAGAAAACAGCCAUGGAAGAAGAGAUGGAGAAUCUAAGGAAAGAGCAAGCAGAGUCGGAGCAAAGAAGGAAGGAGAAGGAGAAAGAGAAAAGAGCUAAAGAACAACAAAAAAUCGCAAUGCCAGGGUCGCGACAAGGUUCCACUUACCUGAGACCCAGAAAGAUGGGUUUGUAAAUAAAUACUUAACUGAUUGAUAUGUACAACGUACAACUUUUGGCAAGUAAAAUUCAAAUAGUCUGGAUACAACGAUGUACAGUGUUAGUGAUUUAGGAGGAAGUACUAGGCCUUCAAAUGAGGAUGUCAUUCUGUUUUAUUAGGAAUGUCAUUUUGAUUAUUUUCAUUUUUCUGAAGUCGCACUAAAUUCAAGUUCUGAAAUAGUUUGAAACAAUGAAAACCUUCUUUUGCUCA